GUUUUACUGUACUUCCCUUUCUCUCUUCUCUCCCGUUAAAUGGAAGAAAGUCUUUCUUCAUUUCUUUCCUUUUCUCUUUCUCUCCUCUCUCCCGCGAACGGUGCAGUGCCAGCACAGUACGGUACUAUCAUACGACGACGGCAUCUACCCCUGGGGUGGAACUCGCUACGGCACGGUGCUCUCACGAACGGUGUCCUUGGAGUGUACUCGAGUACGGUGGCUGAGGCAGAGCGAGAAGGCCACGAGGAUAGGAAGGGAGAGGAAAGGGGGGACUGUAUAGGCGUGCACUCGAGUUUGCCUUUUGAGAAGGGGAGUCGAGAGCAGUUAAAGGGGGAACAAGGGGAAAUCGUAGGCAAAGGGGUUGACUCGACCAACGGUAAUAGGGAGGCUUUGGGUCUACCGCUACAUAUCAUCAUACCCUACCAUACUAUAUCAUACAUAGCUGCACCACCACCCUUCAAAAUCCUAUCCUCCAAUACCACUCGAGAGCCUCUUUUCUACUGCUGCGGCGGAGAGGAAAGCGAGUACAGCUGAGCUCGACUCCACCCGACCCAACAUUGGCGUUCUCUUUCGUCAUUUCACCACUCUUCCAUCUUUCUUGCUCGUCGUGCCCUCCACACCUCGCCGCAGCGACGGCAGCAACGCUAUUUUACUUUUUACCUUUUUUUUUUUUUUUUUUCUCCUUCCUCGCUGCUGCUUCUCGGAACGAUAGGAUACGGUCCGGUAGAUACCUCGGUCGGCGUCACUAUCCCUACCAACCUACAUAUCAUAUCGUACAUACAUACAUACAUUCCUACAUUCCUACAUUCAUCAUUUCAUUCAUUCAUUCAUUCAUUCAUACUCGAGUACAUCCACCCAUCCACCCAUCCAGCCACCCAUACCUACUCGAGUACAUACCUACACACCUUACCGGUGACUACGCUUUUUUCUUCUUCCCUCCAUUUGACUCUUUCACCUGACGGACGCGGAAAGCGAUCCACCCAUACAAAGCAAAGGGUCGCACGCACGCGGAAGAUUGAAAACUGCACCGCAAAUCAACCACACAACCAGGCCUACACUAAGGCUCGACUCGAAGUUUGCGGUACGGCACAUCCCACAAAGUCCAACCGAACCCGCCGACCAACCGCCGUCAUCACGAGGGAGAAAAGGAAGUGUGUGUGUGGGAGAAACUUGAAAAUCCAUCCAUCCACAUUCUUAAUCGCUUGCUUUUUUUUUUCCCUUUCCCUUUUUUAACUUUUAAGCCAUGCCACACUCCACAUUCCAUACCUCCUCCCCCUCCGAGGUUGGGUCCGCUCCGGAGGGUAUAACCGUUGCUUCUUCCGCCUCUUCUUCGAGUUUGGCAGCAUCUUCAUCUUCAUCAUCUUCGCCGACACAAACACACGCACAGGCAGAGGCGCGAGGAGCCGCAACGGUGGCAGCAGCAGCAGUAGGGACAGGAGUCUCGCAUCAACACCCGCCCCACUCCCACCUACACCCCCACCACUUCCAAAACGUCCACACAAGCAAACAGGUCAAGAAGCGUCUCCACAUGCGGUCGAAAUCCACCUCCACCGCUACCACCACCCUUACCUCCUCACACUCCUCAUUCUCCCCCUCAUUCUACCACCACCACCACCACCACCACAAUAAUUCGCAAUCGUCAACACCCCGCAUCUUCGCCCCCCCGCUCUUGAGGAGUUCUUCCUUGCCCUUCGUUCCGGGGACUUCCUCUUCACCGCCAACAACCCCCCGGACACUCUUGAUGCGCGCAUACUCGCCUCCAUCCCCGAUCCGAACCUCCCCACCACCCCCCUCCCUGGUUAACGAACCCUUCAUCUCUUCCUCCUCCUCGUCGAUAACCUCCUCGGCCCCAUCAACGCCCACAAGCCUCCGCUCACGCAGUCCAUCAAUCUCAUCCCUGGAGACAAUACCGGAUUCUCCUGAUGCGGAGGAGGAGGAGGAAAAGGCCGUCGAAGCGUUGAGGGAGGAGUGGGACUCGCGCAAGCGGAAUACACCUGGUCGGAGUCCCGGCGCGGACAAACGGAAGAGGUGGAGCGUGUGCGGAGCGGAGAAGAGGGGUGAUCUGGAGUUGGAGACGAUAUGGGAGGAGGCUGGCUUCGGCGUGGAGAUUGUAGGUAGAAGCCCCGGGGAUGGAAUGGGUGAAGGGGAGAUGAUUUGAUUUCAACUUUCUUUCCCCUCCCUCCUCCCUUUUUCCUUUUCUCUCUCUCUUUUUAGCUUGAUUGUUUGGGGGCGAGCGGGAGGUCGGGAUAAUGGCGUUGUAAUUUUCAUCCUUUUUUUCUUUUUCUUUACUGUCUUUUACUCUGGGAUAUCUUAUCUGUUCGUUAGCACGCUGUACCCCCCCAUUUUCAUUGACAUUCAUAUCACAUGUAUUCUUACCCCCCCCCUCCUUUACAUACAAGCAUAAGCGUCAUAUCAAAUCCUUUUCGUUACCAUCAUUUCUUUUGUCACUUCUUUUACUGCUACUUUAAUCCCGGACGGACCAAGGACGAAGAAACGGACGUUUUAUAGAAUGGCACACGCGCACGAGAAAAAUAGUGGAAAUGAAGGUCAUGUAUUUUUACGAUGAGCAAAUUGUCAGAUUAGUUAGAUUCAUGGGGUGGGGAUAUUUUAU